ACACAACAGAAGAAGAGUAAAACAGGAAGUAGCCACCUGCUAGCCGCUAGGUAAAUUUUCUCGAGUCUGUUUGGGCAGUGUAGUGGCAGAAUCAGACUACACUGACUAAACUUAUCCCGUAGACGUUCCGUUGACUGCGUUUAAUUUAACGGAACAGUGCCAAUUUCUUCGAACACUUGUCUGAGCGAAUCAUUCUUGAGCUGAAAAUGCCGCGCAGACGUCAGAGACAUAUGGCAGGGAGUGGUUCAGAUGGAACUGAAGAUUCAGACUCAUCUGCUGAAAGAGAACAGACCAACAGUUCGGAAAGUGAUGGGACCCGCACUAAGAGACAGCGCCUCACCAGAGCCUCCACUCGCCUGAGCCAGAGUUCUCAUGACACGGCUGACUUGAAGCAGGCUGCAGAUCAUGACGAAUCCCCGCCACUGACGCCGACGGGAAAUGCGCCGUCCUCCGAGUCUGAGCUGGAUAUCUCCAGCCCGAAUGCAUCUCACGAUGAGAGCCAGGCCAAAGAUCAGGCCAACAGAGACUCUGAUAAGGACCUCUCCCACCGACCCAAACGUCGCCGAUGCCACGAGACGUACAACUUCAACAUGAAAUGCCCGACCCCUGGGUGCAAUUCACUGGGUCACCUCACAGGAAAACAUGAACGUCACUUUGCCGUGUCGGGAUGCCCCCUGUACCACAACCUGUCUGCAGAUGAAUGCAAGGUAAAAGCUGUUAGCCGUGAGAAGCAAGAUGAGGAGUUGAAGGGACAAGAAGAAAGUCAUUCACGUCAUGCAACCCGUCACCAGACACCAACUUCUAAGCAGAGCAGAUAUAAAGAGCAGGUUGCUGAAAUGAGGAAGGGGCGAAACUCUGGCCUGCAGAAGGAGCAGAAAGAAAAACACAUGGAGCAUCGGCAGACGCACGGCAACACCAGGGAGCCUCUGCUGGAAAACAUCACCAGCGAUUAUGACUUGGAGCUUUUCAGGAAAGCUCAAGCUCGUGCCUCUGAAGACCUGGAGAAGCUCCGCAUCCAGGGUCAGAUCACGGAGGGCAGCAACAUGAUCAAGACCAUCCUGUUUGGCCGCUAUGAGCUGGACACCUGGUACCACUCGCCCUAUCCUGAGGAGUACGCCCGCCUAGGUCGCCUCUACGUUUGUGAAUUCUGCCUCAAGUACAUGAAAAGCCAGACCAUCCUCAGGCGGCACAUGGCCAAGUGUGUGUGGAAGCAUCCUCCAGGAGAUGAAGUGUACAGAAAAAGUGCCAUAUCUGUGUUUGAAGUUGACGGCAAAAAAAAUAAGAUCUACUGCCAGAACUUGUGUUUACUCGCCAAACUUUUCCUGGACCACAAGACGUUAUACUACGACGUAGAGCCGUUUCUGUUUUAUGUCAUGACCGAGGCCGACAACACGGGCUGCCAUUUAGUGGGAUACUUUUCCAAAGAAAAGAAUUCCUUCCUCAAUUACAAUGUUUCCUGCAUUCUGACAAUGCCCCAGUACAUGAGACAGGGCUUCGGCAAGAUGCUCAUCGACUUCAGCUACCUCCUCUCCAAAGUAGAGGAGAAGGUGGGUUCGCCAGAGAGGCCACUGUCGGACCUCGGCCUCAUCAGCUACCGCAGCUACUGGAAGGAAGUGUUACUCCGAUACAUGCACAAUUUCCAAGGAAAGGAGAUCUCCAUCAAAGAGAUUAGUCAGGAAACUGCCGUCAAUCCCGUGGACAUUGUGAGCACGCUACAGUCUCUUCAGAUGCUCAAGUACUGGAAGGGGAAGCACUUGGUCUUGAAGCGACAGGACUUAAUUGAUGAAUGGAAAGCAAAGGAGGUCAAGAGAGGCAAUGGCAACAAAACCAUUGACCCCAGCUCGCUAAAAUGGACGCCUCCCAAAGGGACAUAAGCACGCGCAUCCUCAGGCUACUCAAUAAACUCACCUUCAGCCUCACCAGCCACAAGUAGCCUCGAGCCACUAUAGAGCCAGAGCAUCUUUCUUUUUAUUUUAUUUUUCAAAUUCCCCUUUCUAUAUAUUUAAGUCAAAUUAAAAGGUUUACAAUCUCCAGCUGAGUUUGCAAGGGAGCAAUUAUUGACCAGCUUCAGAAUGUUCAUUGUGGUUUGAAGCUGACUAAACUUUGGUUGUGAAUCAUGUUUCCAUGCUCCCUUCCAUCAAUGCAGGAUUUGUCCCAAUUCUUCUGCCAAAUAAUGAAAGAAUAUAAUUUUUGGUUUGCUGCAAAUUAAAAUUCUGAAAGUACCACUGUAAAAGAAAUGCACAAAAAAUCAAAUAAAACAACCUCAGGAUUUUAUAAUGAUA